AUGGGGAUGGGAGCUCACGAAGACGGUGUGCAUGACGGAACCAUUGCGCGUCGGGUGGAUGCCUUGGAGGCGUCGGCCGCUGAUUUGGCGGAGAGCAGCGAUCGCGACCAGCUACUGGUGGAUGUGACCGACCUCCGACACCGGCUGACUGACCUGCACGGGCAGGCCAGGCCGGCACAGGUGAUGGACAGGGAGCAGAAGCGAUCCAGGCGGCGGCCGAAGAGGCCGGCCACAUCCUCCGAAGAACCUCAGGAGACGGCUCGCGUGGACGAGCGCGGCGGUGUGCUGCGCGUGCAGCGCUCCACCAGCUCGGAGGUCGCCGAGGCGGUGGACGAGGCCGGUGCUCCCGUCUUCGUGGAGCGUGUCCGCACUCAGGUGCACAGCUCGGACAGUCCGGUCGGCGGUGAGUCCCCGCAGUCGGAGAGGCGCGUCCCACAGACCUCCGACGUCGAGUACGUGGACGAGGACUUUGAGCUGCCGGAGCCCAAAACUGAGACGCAGACAGAGGAGUAUGAGGACGAGGAGGGCCGGCGGGUGGUGGUCACCACUACCAUCACCACCACGUACGAGCAGACGGAGGACGAAGAGGGCAACACAGUCAUCCUGGAGAGGGUGCAUCGAAGGGUGCAGCGAACAGUCUACGUCGAUGGCGAGGCAAUAACAGAGCAGCUGGAGGAGCCCAGCACGCCCAAGCCCAAAGACACCGGCGUGGUCUAUGUGGACGAGGACUUCCAGAUUCCCGAGCCUUCCGAGACGACCACUGUGCAAGAGUACAUUGACGAAGAAGGCCGCCGGGUGGUGGUGAAGACCAUCACGAGAACCACCUACGAAGAGACAGCAGACGAUGACGGAUGUCCUGUGAUCUUAGAGAAAGUCCAAAAGAAGGUGCAGCGCACGGUUUAUGUCGAUGGCGAGAUUGUGGAAGAGACCAUCGAUAUGCCUGAAGGCGCUGAAGAGGAGAUUGAACUGCCACCUUCAAGUGUGAGAGAGGAGGUGGAAGAGCAGGUCGAUGAACUGGGGAGGAAGGUUGUGAUAAGGGGAGCCGUAGUUGGUGAACCAGGGGUGGAAACUACUGUUGAGGAAAAGUUGGAUGAACAAGGUCGACCAGUGAAGUUCAAGAGGAUCUAUGUCACCAUUAUUGAAGAAAUCGUGGAUGACACCGGAGCCAAGCGGACCGUCAAGCGGGUGGUCAAAAAGACUCAGAAGCUGUCUGAGGUCAAUGGGAAGACAGUCACUGAAGACGUAGAGGAACCUGUUGAAGAGCCAUCUGUUGAGGAGCUCGAGAAACAGAUACUUGACGAUGUGCUGCCAGACAAGGCUUCUCUGGUCGGGGAACCGAAAGUGAAAACGAUUGAGGAGAAAUCAGUUAACGAGCAUGGAAAGCCAGUCAUUGUGAAGCGAUCUGUUGUCACCAUCUAUGAGAAUGUUCCUGCUGAAAACGGCAAAACUGUAGUAGUUCGGAAGAUAUUGAAAAAGGUACGCAAAGUCUCCGAAGUCGACGGAAAACCAGUUGUCGAAGAGUAUGAAGAGCCACAAGAGACGGAGACCUUGAUGGAAAGUAUGCCUGAGGCAACGGAGGCUUCAGUGAUGGAAGAAUGCCUUCCGGUGUCCGAGGGAAUCAUAGUUGGGGAACCAAAGGUGGAAACUGUCGUUGAAGAAAAGUUGGAUGAACAAGGUCGGCCAGUGAAAUUCAAGAGGAUCUAUGUCACCAUUAUUGAGGAAAUUGUGGAUGACACCGGAGUCAAGCGGACCGUUAAGCGGGUGGUCAAAAAGACGCAGAAGCUGUCUCAAGUCAAUGGGGAGACCGUCACUGAAGACGUGGAGGAACCCAUUAAAGAGCCAUCUGUCGAGGAGCUGGAGAAACAGAUACUUGACGAUGUUCUACCCGACAAGGCUUCUCUGGUCGGGGAACCGAAAGUGGAAACGAUUGAGGAGAAAUCAGUUGACGAUCAAGGAAAGACAGUCAUUCUGAAGCGAUCUCUUGUCACCAUCUAUCAGAAUGUUCCUGCUGAAAACGGCAAAACCACCGUGGUUCGCAGGAUAUUGAAAAAGGUUCGCAAAGUCUCCGAAGUGGACGGAAAACCGGUUGUCGAAGAGUAUGAAGAGCCUCAAGAGGCGGAGACCUUGAUGGAAAGUAUGCCUGAGGCAACGGAGGCUUCAGUGAUUGAAGAAUGCCUUCCAGUGUCCAAGGGAACCAUAGUUGGGGAACCAAAGGUGGAAACUGUCGUUGAAGAAAAGUUGGAUGAACAGGGUCGGCCAGUCAAAUUCAAAAGGAUCUAUGUCACCAUUAUUGAGGAACUUGUGGAUGACACCGGAGCCAAACAGACCGUCAAGCGGGUGGUUAAAAAGACGCAGAAGCUGUCUGAAGUCAAUGGGAAGACCGUCACUGAAGACGUGGAGGAACCUGUUGAAGAGCCAUCUGUUGAGGAGCUCGAGAAGCAGAUACUUGACGAUGUGCUGCCAGACAAGGCUUCUCUGGUCGGGGAACCGAAAGUGGAAACGAUUGAGGAGAAAUCAGUUAGCGAUCAUGGAAAGCCAGUCAUUGUGAAGCGAUCUGUUGUCACCAUCUAUGAGAAUGUUCCUGCUGAAAACGGCAAAACUGCAGUAGUUCGGAAGAUAUUGAAAAAGGUUCGCAAAGUCUCCGAAGUGGACGGAAAACCAGUUGUCGAAGAGUAUGAAGAGCCUCAAGAGACGGAGACCUUGAUGGAAAGUAUGCCUGAGGCAACGGAGGCUUCAGUGAUUGACGAAUGCCUUCCAGUGUCCAAGGGAACCAUUGUUGGUGAACCAAAGGUGGAAACUAUCGUUGAAGAAAAGGUAGACCAAGAAGGUCGGCCAGUGAAAUUCAAGAGGAUCUAUGUCACCAUUACUGAAGAGAUUGUGGAUGACACCGGAGCCAAGCGGACCGUCAAGCGGGUGGUCAAAAAGACGCAGAAGCUGUCUGAAGUCAAUGGGAAGAACGUCACUGAAGACGUGGAGGAACCCAUUGAAGAGCCAUCUGUCGAGGAGCUCGAGAAACAGAUACUUGACGAUGUUCUAUCCGACAAGGCUUCUCUGGUCGGGGAACCGAAAGUGGAAACGAUUGAGGAAAAAUCAGUUGACGAUCAAGGCAAGCCAGUCAUUCUGAAGCGAUCUCUUGUCACCAUCUAUGAGAAUGCUCCUGCUGAAAAUGGCAAAACCGCGGUGGUCCGCAGGAUAUUGAAAAAGGUUUGCAAAGUCUCCGAAGUGGACGGAAAACCAGUUCUUGAAGAGUAUGAAGAGCCUCAAGAGACGGAGACCUUGAUGGAAAGUAUGCCUGAGGCAACGGAGGCUUCAGUGAUUGAAGAAUGUCUUCCAGUGUCCAAGGGAACCAUAGUUGGGGAACCAAAAGUGGAAAGUGUCGUUGAAGAAAAGGGGGAUGAACAAGGUCGGCCAGUGAAAUUCAAGAGGAUCUAUGUCACAAUUAUUGAGGAAAUUGUGGAUGACACCGGAGCCAAGCGGACCGUUAAGCGGGUGGUCAAAAAGACGCAGAAGCUGUCUGAAGUCAAUGGGAAGACCGUCACUGAAGACGUGGAGGAACCCAUUGAGGAACCGUCUGUCGAGGACCUCGAGAAACAGAUACUUGACGAUGUUCUACCCGACAAGGCUUCUCUGGUCGGGGAACCGAAAGUGGAAACGAUUGAGGAGAAAUCAGUUGACGAUCAUGGAAAGCCAGUCAUUCUGAAGCGAUCUCUUGUCACCAUCUAUGAGAAUGUUCCUGCUGAAAAUGGCAAAACCACCGUGGUUCGCAGGAUAUUGAAAAAGGUGCGCAAAGUAUCCGAAGUCGACGGAAAACCAGUUGUCGAAGAGUAUGAAGAGCCUCAAGAGACGGAGACCUUGAUGGAAAGUAUGCCUGAGGCAACGGAGGCUUCAGUGAUUGAAGAAUGCCUUCCAGUGUCUAAUGGAAUCAUAGUUGGGGAACCAAAGGUGGAAACCGUCGUUGAAGAAAAGUUGGAUGAGCAAGGUCGGCCAGUGAAAUUCAAGAGAAUCUAUGUCACCAUUAUUGAGGAAAUUGUGGAUGACACCGGAGCCAAGCGGACCGUUAAGCGGGUGGUCAAAAAGACGCAGAAGCUGUCUGAAGUCAAUGGGAAGACCGUCACUGCAGACGUGGAGGAACCCAUUGAGGAACCGUCUGUCGAGGAGCUCGAGAAACAGAUACUUGACGAUGUUCUACCCGACAAGGCUUCUCUGGUCGGGGAACCGAAAGUGGAAACGAUUGAGGAGAAAUCAGUUGACGAUCAAGGAAAGCCAGUCAUUCUGAAGCGAUCUCUUGUCACCAUCUAUCAGAAUGUUCCUGCUGAAAAUGGCAAAACCGCGGUGGUCCGCAGGAUAUUGAAAAAGGUUCGCAAAGUCUCCGAAGUGGACGGAAAACCAGUUGUGGAAGAGUAUGAAGAGCCUCAAGAGACGGAGACCUUGAUGGAAAGUAUGCCUGAGGCAACGGAGGCUUCAGUGAUUGAAGAAUGCCUUCCAGUGUCCAAGGGAACCAUAGUUGGGGAACCAAAGGUGGAAACUGUCGUUGAAGAAAAGGUGGAUGAGCAAGGUCGGCCAGUGAAAUUCAAGAGGAUCUAUGUCACCAUUAUUGAAGAAAUUGUGGAUGACACCGGAGUCAAGCGGACCGUUAAGCGGGUGGUCAAAAAGACGCAGAAGCUGUCUGAAGUCAAUGGGACGACCGUCACUGAAGACGUGGAGGAACCCAUUGAAGAGCCAUCUGUCGAGGAGCUCGAGAAACAGAUACUUGACGAUGUUCUACCCGACAAGGGUUCUCUGGUCGGAGAACCGAAAGUGGAAACGAUUGAGGAGAAAUCAGUUGACGAUCAUGGAAAGCCAGUCAUUGUGAAGCGAUCUAUUGUCACCAUCUAUGAGAAUGUUCCUGCUGAAAACGGCAAAACUGUAGUAGUUCGGAAGAUAUUGAAAAAGGUUCGCAAAGUCUCCGAAGUGGACGGAAAACCAGUUGUCGAAGAGUAUGAAGAGCCUCAAGAGACGGAGACCUUGAUGGAAAGUAUGCCUGAGUCAACGGAGGCUUCAGUGAUUGAAGAAUGCCUUCCGGUGUCCAAGGGAACCAUUGUUGGUGAACCAAAGGUGGAAACUAUCGUUGAAGAGCAGGUAGAUCAAGAAGGUCGGCCAGUGAAAUUAAAAAAGAUCUAUGUCACCAUUACUGAAGAGAUUGUGGAUGACACUGGAGCCAAGCGAACCGUCAAGCGGGUGGUCAAAAAGACGCAGAAGCUGUCUGAAGUCAAUGGGAAGAACGUCACUGAAGACGUGGAGGAACCCAUUGAGGAACCGUCUGUCGAGGACCUCGAGAAACAGAUACUUGACGAUGUUCUACCCGACAAGGCUUCUCUGGUCGGGGAACCGAAAGUGGAAACGAUUGAGGAAAAAUCAGUUGACGAUCAAGGAAAGCCAGUCAUUCUGAAGCGAUCUCUUGUCACCAUCUAUGAGAAUGUUCCUGCUGAAAAUGGCAAAACCACCGUGGUUCGCAGGAUAUUGAAAAAGGUUCGCAAAGUAUCCGAAGUCGACGGAAAACCAGUUGUCGAAGAGUAUGAAGAGCCUCAAGAGACGGAGACCUUGAUGGAAAGUAUGCCUGAGGCAACGGAGGCUUCAGUGAUUGAAGAAUGCCUUCCAGUGUCUAAUGGAAUCAUAGUUGGGGAACCAAAGGUGGAAACUGUCGUUGAAGAAAAGUUGGAUGAGCAAGGUCGGCCAGUGAAAUUCAAGAGAAUCUAUGUCACCAUUAUUGAGGAAAUUGUGGAUGACACCGGAGCCAAGCGGACCGUUAAGCGGGUGGUCAAAAAGACGCAGAAGCUGUCUGAGGUCAAUGGGAAGACCGUCACUGAAGACGUGGAGGAACCCAUUGAGGAACCGUCUGUCGAGGAGCUGGAGAAACAGAUACUUGACGAUGUUCUACCCGACAAGGCUUCUCUGGUCGGGGAACCGAAAGUGGAAACGAUUGAGGAGAAAUCAGAUGAUCAAGGAAAGCCAGUCAUUCUGAAGCGAUCUCUUGUCACCAUCUAUCAGAAUGUUCCUGCUGAAAAUGGCAAAACCGCGGUGGUCCGCAGGAUAUUGAAAAAGGUUCGCAAAGUCUCCGAAGUCGACGGAAAACCAGUUGUCGAAGAGUAUGAAGAGCCUCAAGAGACGGAGACCUUGAUGGAAAGUAUGCCUGAGGCAACGGAGGCUUCAGUGAUUGAAGAAUGCCUUCCAGUGUCUAAUGGAAUCAUAGUUGGGGAACCAAAGGUGGAAACUGUCGUUGAAGAAAAGGUGGAUGAGCAAGGUCGGCCAGUGAAAUUCAAGAGGAUCUAUGUCACCAUUAUUGAAGAAAUUGUGGAUGACACCGGAGUCAAGCGGACCGUAAAGCGGGUGGUCAAAAAGACGCAGAAGCUGUCUGAAGUCAAUGGGACGACCGUCACUGAAGACGUGGAGGAACCCAUUGAAGAGCCAUCUGUCGAGGAGCUCGAGAAACAGAUACUUGACGAUGUUCUACCCGACAAGGGUUCUCUGGUCGGAGAACCGAAAGUGGAAACAAUUGAGGAGAAAUCAGUUGACGAUCAUGGAAAGCCAGUCAUUGUGAAGCGAUCUAUUGUCACCAUCUAUGAGAAUGUUCCUGCUGAAAACGGCAAAACUGUAGUAGUUCGGAAGAUAUUGAAAAAGGUUCGCAAAGUCUCCGAAGUGGACGGAAAACCAGUUGUCGAAGAGUAUGAAGAGCCUCAAGAGACGGAGACCUUGAUGGAAAGUAUGCCUGAGGCAACGGAGGCUUCAGUGAUUGAAGAAUGCCUUCCGGUGUCCAAGGGAACCAUUGUUGGUGAACCAAAGGUGGAAACUAUCGUUGAAGAGCAGGUAGAUCAAGAAGGUCGGCCAGUGAAAUUAAAAAAGAUCUAUGUCACCAUUACUGAAGAGAUUGUGGAUGACACUGGAGUCAAGCGAACCGUCAAGCGGGUGGUCAAAAAGACGCAGAAGCUGUCUGAAGUCAAUGGGAAGAACGUCACUGAAGACGUGGAAGAACCCAUUGAGGAACCGUCUGUCGAGGAGCUCGAGAAACAGAUACUUGACGAUGUUCUACCCGACAAGGCUUCUCUGGUCGGGGAACCGAAAGUGGAAACGAUUGAGGAAAAAUCAGUUGACGAUCAAGGCAAGCCAGUCAUUCUGAAGCGAUCUCUUGUCACCAUCUAUGAGAAUGCUCCUGCUGAAAAUGGCAAAACCACCGUGGUUCGCAGGAUAUUGAAAAAGGUUCGCAAAGUCUCCGAAGUCGACGGAAAACCAGUUCUAGAAGAGUAUGAAGAGCCUCAAGAAACGGAGACCUUGAUGGAAAGUAUGCCUGAGGCAACGGAGGCUUCAGUGAUUGAAGAAUGCCUUCCAGUGUCCAAGGGAAUCAUAGUUGGGGAACCAAAGGUGGAAACUGUCGUUGAAGAAAAGUUGGAUGAGCAAGGUCGGCCAGUGAAAUUCAAGAGGAUCUAUGUCACCAUUAUUGAGGAAAUUGUGGAUGACACCGGAGCCAAGCGAACCGUUAAGCGGGUGGUCAAAAAGACGCAGAAGCUGUCUGAAGUCAAUGGGAAGACCGUCACUGAAGACGUGGAGGAACCCAUUGAGGAACCGUCUGUCGAGGAGCUGGAGAAACAGAUACUUGACGAUGUUCUACCCGACAAGGCUUCUCUGGUCGGGGAACCGAAAGUGGAAACGAUUGAGGAGAAAUCAGAUGAUCAAGGAAAGCCAGUCAUUCUGAAGCGAUCUCUUGUCACCAUCUACCAGAAUGUUCCUGCUGAAAAUGGCAAAACCGCGGUGGUCCGCAGGAUAUUGAAAAAGGUUUGCAAAGUCUCCGAAGUCGACGGAAAACCAGUUGUGGAAGAGUAUGAAGAGCCUCAAGAGACGGAAACCUUGAUGGAAAGUAUGCCUGAGGCAACGGAGGCUUCAGUGAUUGAAGAAUGCCUUCCAGUGUUCAAGGGAAUCAUAGUUGGGGAACCAAAGGUGGAAACUGUCGUUGAAGAAAAGGUGGAUGAGCAAGGUCGGCCAGUGAAAUUCAAGAGGAUCUAUGUCACCAUUAUUGAAGAAAUUGUGGAUGACACCGGAGUCAAGCGGACCGUCAAGCGGUUGGUCAAAAAGACGCAGAAGCUGUCUGAAGUCAAUGGGAAGACCGUCACUGAAGACGUGGAGGAACCCAUUGAAGAGCCAUCUGUCCAGGAGCUCGAGAAACAGAUACUUGACGAUGUUCUAGCCGACAAGGGUUCUCUGGUCGGAGAACCGAAAGUGGAAACGAUUGAGGAGAAAUCAGUUGACGAUCAAGGAAAGUCAGUCAUUCUGAAGCGAUCUCUUGUCACCAUUUAUCAGAAUGUUCCUGCUGAAAACGGCAAAACCACCGUGGUUCGCAGGAUAUUGAAAAAGGUUCGCAAAGUCUCCGAAGUGGACGGAAAACCAGUUGUCGAAGAGUAUGAAGAGCCUCAAGAGACGGAGACCUUGAUGGAAAGUAUGCCUGAGGCAACGGAGGCUUCAGUGAUUGAAGAAUGCCUUCCAGUGUCCAAGGGAAUCAUAGUUGGGGAACCAAAGGUGGAAACUGUCGUUGAAGAAAAGUUGGAUGAGCAAGGUCGGCCAGUGAAAUUCAAGAGGAUCCAUGUCACCAUUAUUGAGGAAAUUGUGGAUGACACCGGAGCCAAGCGAACCGUUAAGCGGGUGGUCAAGAAGACGCAGAAGCUGUCUGAAAUCAAUGGGAAGACCGUCACUGAAGACGUGGAGGAACCCAUUGAGGAACCGUCUGUCGAGGAGCUCGAGAAACAGAUACUUGACGAUGUUCUACCCGAUAAGGCUUCUCUGGUCGGGGAACCGAAAGUGGAAACGAUUGAGGAGAAAUCAGUUGACGAUCAAGGAAAGCCAGUCAUUCUGAAGCGAUCUCUUGUCACCAUCUAUCAGAAUGUUCCUGCUGAAAAUGGCAAAUCCGCCGUGGUCCGCAGGAUAUUGAAAAAGGUUCGCAAAGUCUCCGAAGUCGACGGAAAACCAGUUGUCGAAGAGUAUGAAGAGCCUCAAGAGACGGAGACCUUGAUGGAAAGCAUGCCUGAGGCAACGGAGGCUUCAGUGAUUGAAGAAUGCCUUCCAGUGUCCAAGGGAAUCAUAGUUGGGGAACCAAAGGUGGAAACUGUCGUUGAAGAAAAGGUGGAUGAGCAAGGUCGGCCAGUGAAAUUCAAGAGGAUCUAUGUCACCAUUAUUGAGGAAAUUGUGGAUGACACCGGAGUUAAGCGGACCGUUAAGCGGGUGGUCAAAAAGACGCAGAAGCUGUCUAAAGUCAAUGGGAAGACCGUCACUGAAGACGUGGAGGAACCCAUUGAGGAACCGUCUGUCGAGGAGCUGGAGAAACAGAUACUUGACGAUGUUCUACCCGACAAGGCUUCUCUGGUCGGGGAACCGAAAGUGGAAACGAUUGAGGAGAAAUCAGAUGAUCAAGGAAAGCCAGUCAUUCUGAAGCGAUCUCUUGUCACCAUCUACCAGAAUGUUCCUGCUGAAAAUGGCAAAACCGCCGUGGUCCGCAGGAUAUUGAAAAAGGUUCGCAAAGUCUCCGAAGUCGACGGAAAACCAGUUGUGGAAGAGUAUGAAGAGCCUCAAGAGACGGAAACCUUGAUGGAAAGUAUGCCUGAGGCAACGGAGGCUUCAGUGAUUGAAGAAUGCCUUCCAGUGUUCAAGGGAAUCAUAGUUGGGGAACCAAAGGUGGAAACUGUCGUUGAAGAAAAGGUGGAUGAGCAAGGUCGGCCAGUGAAAUUCAAGAGGAUCUAUGUCACCAUUAUUGAAGAAAUUGUGGAUGACACCGGAGUCAAGCGGACCGUCAAGCGGUUGGUCAAAAAGACGCAGAAGCUGUCUGAAGUCAAUGGGAAGACCGUCACUGAAGACGUGGAGGAACCCAUUGAAGAGCCAUCUGUCCAGGAGCUCGAGAAACAGAUACUUGACGAUGUUCUAGCCGACAAGGGUUCUCUGGUCGGAGAACCGAAAGUGGAAACGAUUGAGGAGAAAUCAGUUGACGAUCAAGGAAAGUCAGUCAUUCUGAAGCGAUCUCUUGUCACCAUUUAUCAGAAUGUUCCUGCUGAAAACGGCAAAACCACCGUGGUUCGCAGGAUAUUGAAAAAGGUUCGCAAAGUCUCCGAAGUGGACGGAAAACCAGUUGUCGAAGAGUAUGAAGAGCCUCAAGAGACGGAGACCUUGAUGGAAAGCAUGCGUGAGGCAACGGAGGCUUCAGUGAUUGAAGAAUGCCUUCCAGUGUCCAAGGGAAUCAUAGUUGGGGAACCAAAGGUGGAAACUGUCGUUGAAGAAAAGGUGGAUGAGCAAGGUCGGCCAGUGAAAUUCAAGAGGAUCUAUGUCACCAUUAUUGAGGAAAUUGUGGAUGACACCGGAGUUAAGCGGACCGUUAAGCGGGUGGUCAAAAAGACGCAGAAGCUGUCUAAAGUCAAUGGGAAGACCGUCACUGAAGACGUGGAGGAACCCAUUGAAGAGCCAUCUGUCGAGGAGCUCGAGAAACAGAUACUUGACGAUGUUCUACCCGACAAGGGUUCUCUGGUCGGAGAACCGAAAGUGGAAACGAUUGAGGAGAAAUCAGUUGACGAUCAAGGAAAGCCAGUCAUUCUGAAGCGAUCUCUUGUCACCAUUUAUCAGAAUGUUCCUGCUGAAAACGGCAAAACCACCGUGGUUCGCCGGAUAUUGAAAAAGGUUCGCAAAGUCUCCGAAGUCGACGGAAAACCAGUUGUCGAAGAGUAUGAAGAGCCUCAAGAGACGGAGAUCUUGAUGGAAAGUAUGCCUGAGGCAACGGAGGCUUCAAUGAUUGAAGAAUGCCUUCCAGUGUCCAAGGGAGCCAUAGUUGGGGAACCAAAGGUGGAAACUGUCGUUGAAGAAAAGGUGGAUGAACAAGGUCGGCCAGUGAAAUUCAGGAGGUUCUAUGUCACCAUUAUUGAGGAAAUUGUGGAGGACACCGGAGCCAAGCGGACCGUCAAGCGCGUGGUCAAAAAGACGCAGAAGCUGUCUGAAGUCAAUGGGAAGACCGUCACUGAAGACGUAGAGGAACCCAUUGAGGAGUCUUCUGUCGAAGAUCUAGAGAAGAGAAUCCUGCAUGAUUUACUGGAAGAGAAAGAUUUCCUAGUCAACGAGUCGUGUACUCAGUUUGUAGAUAAUCGUUCUGAAGAAAGUGUAACAGUUGCACUGGAACAGCCGGUUGUGCAGACUCAAUUUUGCGAGCUCUUUGAAAAUGGAGGUCCAGUCUCAAUGCACACUUUCACCAUUACCGUCCCAUUAGAGACUCUUGACCCCUCAGAAGGCAGACGGAUCACGAAGAAGACUUACCGACGUUACCACAGAGUCUUCAGAUUGGAUGACAAGUCGGUAACUGAGGAAUAUGGUGAUCCGCCUGAAGUAGAGCUGGUUGCUCAGUCUGUUCCCGAGGUUGACGAGCCACAAGUGGUGGCUGAAUCCCUUUCACUUGUAUCUGGCUGUCUGGUGGGAGACCCUAAGACACAAACCGACGUGGAAGAGACCACUGACAGUGGAGGAAAUCCCUUAACGUUUAAAACUGUCCGUGUCUCGCUACUCGAGGAAGUGACCGAUCCUGCCGGUGACAAACAUCUGGUAAGCAAGCACGUUAAGAGGUCGCAGACUGUUCGCCAUGUGCUCGGACGUCCUGUGGUGACGGACGUGCUGCUGCCCGAGCCGUUGCCAUCCGCUGAAGAGGUCCUUGCCUCUUGGAAGCUGCCGGUUUGCGGAAGACUCUUGACGGAGCCAAAGGUAGAAGUAGUCAUCGAAGAUUGUCAGGACAGCGACGGCCGGCCUGUCUCUGUACGACGGUACGUGGUAACCGUUCUCGAGGAGGUCGUAGAGCCGUCUGGUAAUGCCACUACCAUGCAGAAGACGUUUACAAAGAUCAUCCGCGCGCACGAGGUGGGCGGUAAACUGGUGACUGAGGAGUGGACUCAGCCGGAGACGAGUCAGGUGUUGUCCAUGUCGCGACCCGAGGUGCCGACCAGCUGGCAGGACGACCUGAGCGCCGUGCUAUCUGAGGUCUCUGGCGACGUCCUCGAGAAGCCUGAGGCGACUUCUACCAUGGAAGAUUCUACGGAUGAGCGCGGCUUGCCGUGCCGCAUCCGUCGGACGGUGGUGACUCUCUUUGUACGCCGUCCGGACUCUGACAUUGUCGAGCGUCGCGUUGUCACCCGUGUGACGCGCUUCAUUUUCGUGGACGGCGCGCUGGUGACGGAGCUACUGCCCGAGGUGGACCUGGUGCAACCCGUCGGCGCCGCUGUCGACACCGAGCCGGACGACGAGGCCUAUGUGGCGCGCGUGGCGCACUUGAUGAGAGGCAAACCCAAGUCGCAGCCCGAUGUGCUGCACGAGGUGACUGAGGAGACGGACGCCGCCGGCCGCCUGGUGACCGUGCGCCGCGUGCUGGUCACACUACUGGAGGAGGUGCGCCGCUCGGGCCGGAAGACCACACACCGUCGGGAGGUACCCAUCACCCGGCGCACCUGCCGUGUCGGCGCCACCACCGUGCUGCUAGAGGAGGCGCUCGGAGAACCCCGCGACACCACUGUCGAGAGGGCCGAGAAGGCAGAGAGGAGCGCCACGACCGCCGCCGCGCCGGUGCCGUCGGCGCCGCCAGCCGAGCAGCAGCCCGUCAGAAAACCGGACCUGGACGACCUGGUCUCUCAGAUGACAUCCACUGUGUUGGGAGAGGAGCCGACACCGGAGAUUACCCCGCAGCCCACGCCGGAGCCCGUCAGGGAGCCGACACCGGAGCCGGCUAGGCAACCGAAGCCAGUGCAGGAGCCGCGUCCGAAGCCGGCGCCGGUCGUGAUGUCGUUUGCGCCGACGCCCGUGGCCGUUAGCUCCGAGCCAAGUGACAAGGAGUCUUACGCCAGUGUGGUGAAGCACCACCUGGACGAGGCGCCGGUGCAGCGGACCGCGGCCGGGACCGUGUACGCCGAGCCGCCGGGAGUUACCGAGGAGGAGCCGGACACGGUGGACGGCGGCGCGGCGACCGACGAGCCGCCGCUCUUGGAGGAGGCGCUGAACGUGCCGCUGCUUCCUGAGGACCAGCCGCUGCCGGUGCUGGCGCAGGCGUUGGCCGCGCUGGGGCGGCCGGAGCGCGCUGUCUCGCUGACCGCUCUGCCAGGCAGUCAGACAGCGCGGGUGGGCGCCGCCGAACUGCGAGCGGCCGCCGCACCGCCGCUGGCCGCGGCGCCCACCGCCCGCUGGCCGGAGCUGCUGCCUCUCUGGGAGACGACUCUGCUGUACAUCGUGGGACGGGUGGACGAGGCGCUGUCGUCCUCCGCGCUGCCCGAGCCGCAGCUGAGCGCACAGGCAGAGGAGAUGGCUGCCGCCGAGGAGACGCUGCUCCAGCUGCAGCAGCGGCUGCCGCGGCUCGCCCAGAUGCAGGAUCAGGAGCGGCGCUCUGUGGCCGCGCUCCUGGACGGUCUGAUUGCCGCAGCUCGUGAGGCGCGCCGGCGUGUACCGCUGCGUCGCCGAGUGGCCGACCACUCUCUGACUCCGGACGACCAGCCGGCCGCCGCCGACCUGCCCCUGGAGUCUGUACAGCGCUGGCUGAGAGAGGCCGCCUCGGCCGGCCCCUCCGAGCGCAGCGAGCUCUCGACUGAGGCCGAGAGUCAACUGCACGGACCGGCCGGGCCGCUGUGGAAACAGGUGCUGACGGGCCGCGCCGAGGCCGGCGGGGCCGAGGGAGCACUCAUCCUGCAGUUCCCGACCGUGAUGUCGCUGCUGGAGCAGCCAGCGGCGCCUGUGCCGGCCGACCCACCGGCUCUGCACCGCCUGUCGGCCCAGCUGGCCGCGCUGCCCGGUCCCGAGCACAGUCCGCUACCGGCCGACUCCCUACCGGACCUGCGCGCGCUCAGCCAGCUGUGGCGCCGCCUGGUGGCGCUGCUACACCGCCAGCUGCCGGCUGGUGACCCGCAGCUGCACGUGCGCCAGCUGCAGCUGAGUCAGCUGAGCGCGGCGCGCGCCCUCUGGGAGGUGCUGGACGCUGAGCUGGCGCAGCUGGACGAGUGGCGGGAGCAGUGUGACGCCGAGCUGACCCGACUGCUGGGUGACACGAGCACCGACGACACCCAGCUCGUACCCAGACUGGAGGAGCUGUGCAGCGGCGCCGCGGAGCGGUUCUGCCGGCUGCGCCACCUGCGGCCGCUGCUGGCGCGGCUGCAGCGCCUGGUGACGGCGCGCAGCUGCCGGCUGCAGCUGACCAGCCAGGAGGCGCAGCUGGACCGGCUGCGCGCCCGGCUGGAGACGAGCGCCGGCCGCGCGCUGGCGCUCCAGCUGCGCAUGCUGACCGUGCGAGAGAACAGCGCCCGUGUGGAGGAGUGGGUGCGCAGAGUCAGGAAGGCCGUACCGGACGAGGGAGAGGAGCCCACCGAGGAGCAGCUGGCCGAGCAGGAGGAGCUGCGCGCUCAGCUGGAGACGAUGGAGCACUUGGGCGCCGCCGCUGUCGACGAGCUGGACGCGGCUCUGGCGACGCUCACCGUCACCGACGAGGAGCUGCAGCGCUCGCUGCUGGCGCAGACCGGCCGCUGGCUGGCGGAGCAGGCGGCUCGGCUGCGCGCCGCCGACCGCGCCGCCGAGCUCGGCUGGCUGGAGCGGCGCACCACAGCCACCCUGGCGGCCGCCGACCGGGCCGACGAGCUGGCGCCCGUGCUGGCCGCCAUGGAGACUGUACGCGACCAGCUAUCCGACUGGGAGCGGCGGGCGGCGCGUGCCGAGCCGGCGGCAGACGACGGAGACGACCCGGCCGACAGCGCCGCCCGGCUGGAGGCGGCGCGCCGCGUCAGCCGCGCCGCGCUGCUCGGCCGCCGGCUGGGCGUGCGGCUGGCGGCGCUGCGACCGGUGGCCGAUCAGCUGGCCGCCGUCCGAGCCGCCGAGAUGGAGCUCUACCGGCGACUAAUGCUGCUCGAGCUGCUGGCCAAGGCCGGCUCGGUACCGCGCUCAGCUCACGUGCCGCAGCUGCAGGCUGAGGUGGGCGCGCUGCACCGGCUUGUCGCCGCGCUGAAGAAGAAACACCCACACUGCCACGCCGCUCAGGUGACAGAGACGGAGAUUGUGCAGCUGAUGGCGCGGCUGCGCUCCCUCAAAGAGGAGCACCCGCUCGAUCUGGAGCCGGUCGACCCCGAACUGAUGGCUGCUGUAGAUCAGCUGACCGCCCUGGUGGCCGAACUGGAGGCUCUCAGGGCGCAGGCUCUACCCCGACCGGACGCAACUACCAUUGACGAACUGGAGACCAAGGCGGCCGCCAUACAGCUGGCGCACCAGCAGCUGAUUGCGGCGCCGGCAGAGGACGCCGAGACCCCUCCCGAGGGUACGCCGGCGGCCGGCCUGGCGGCGCGCGGCCAGCGGCAGAGGGAGGAGGCGGCAGAGGCGGUGGCCGAGGCGGCCGACCAGUGCCGCGCCGCCGCGCUGCUCUGGCAGCGGCUGCUGGUGCAGCUGCAGGCCGCCCUCAGCUGGCUGCAGGCCGCCGAGCCGACCGCCGACCAGCGGCCCUCGCCCUUCACCGAGCAGCUGCCGCAGCUGCGACACACGCUGGGCGGCUGCCGGCAGCUGCUCGACCAGCUGGCGGCCGGCGGCCAGGCGGCGCCGCCGGCGCUCUCCCAGCUAUCAGCGCAGCUGGCGGAGGCGGCCGGACGGCUGGACGCGGUCGCCGCCCGGCUGACAGUGACCCCGGAGCAGACGGCGGCGGCGGCGCGCGACUCGCGUCUGCUGGACGGUGUCCGUCUGCAGCUGCGCCAGCUGACUGACAGCCGGCGGCUGCCGCUGCCGCUGCUGGCCGAGCAGCUGGCGGCGGCUGUGGAAGUGGCCCAGCAGCUGCGCCAGCUCAGCGUGACAGCUGCCACCGCGGAGCUGCGGGCUGAUGCCGCUGCGCUGCUCAUGGACUGGGAGUCGGCACGCGUCUCACUGUUACUGGCCCGCUACGACGACCAGCUGACCGCGGUGGUUGCCGAGGACACACCGGCCGCAGAGGCCGUCCAUGAAGCUGUGUUUGACCAACUGAUGAGGCCGGCACCCACCGAGGUGUAUGCGGAACGACCGGAGCUGACGGCAGAGGCCGCCAGGGUGCAGACGGCCGACCGUCUGCUGGGCCUGCACCGGGACCGUCUGGCCGCCGGACUAACCACCGAGGAGCCGGCCGGGCCGCGCGCCGCCGCGCUGGGCCGGCAGCUGGCGCUCGUGCUGCGCCUGCUGGCCCGGCUGCGCGGCCGGCACGCGCUGCUAGCCGGCACGCUGCACGGCCGCGCGCUCACCUGGCUGCGCUGCCUGGAAACGGAGCUGCUGCGGCUGCGGCGGCGGCCGCUGGCUGCUGGCCAGCUGUCGGCGCUCCGCCGGCAGCUGGCGGCUCUGGAGCGGCAGCUGCUGCGCGGCGAGCAGCUGCUGGCCGCGCUGCGCCACGCCGCGGGACCAGCCGCCGCUGACACCUGGUGCGCGCCGCUGGAGAGCCGUCUGGCCGAGCUGGCGGCCGACCUGGGAGCCUGGAGCGCCUACGUGUCGUACGUGUCGGCCGGCUGGCGGCGGCAGCAGCAGGCGGCUGCGGAGGCAGCUGCCGGGCUGCAGCGGCUGGAGCGGCUGCCGGCCGGAGGAGCCGCCGCUGAGGAGGAGACGGCCGCGCUCGCCGCUCUGGAGGGCCAUCUGGACGAGGCGGACCGGCAGCGGGCGGCUCUGAACGGCGCGCUGACGCCGGAGGACGAGCGCACGGCGGCCGCCGCGGCCGGCCAGCUGCGCGCGCGCCUGCUGCUGCUGAGACUGCUGAUGGGCGUCUCCGGGCAGACGGAGGCUGACAAAGACACGACGCGCAAACUAGCGAGGACCAAUGAGGAGCUGCACUCCGACUGGCUGGAGCGUAAGUCGGCGGCGGUGCGCGGCCAGGGCCAGACGUCGCUCUGCACGCUGCUGACGUACCUACAAAACGAGCUGCCUGCCCAGCUGCUCACCGCGAGCGGAGACUGCGACCAGCUGGAGCGGGAGAGGGCCGCGCGGCUCGACAAGAUCAACUCCCUGCUCGAGACUGUGGCCGACUUUGAGCAAAUGACUCCGGCUCUGGAGGCCAAACUGGCCAAAAUUGAGCUGAUACUGGACGAACCCGUCGAGUUCGAGACGGGAGACAAAAAGGAGCACCACGCCGCCACUAAGAAAAACGACGAGAUGCUGGAGCUGGUGCGGGACGUGAGUCGCAAGAUGGGCGACAUCUCUGGUCUUUGUGACCUGCUGAUGAGCGACACUGACGGCCUGCCUGAGGCCCGGGAGGUGCGCACGGUGACCCAGGGCGGCGGUCACCUGCAGCAGAGGUGGGCCCGGAUCUGCGAGCUGUCGGCCGGCCGGCGGCAGCGGAUCGCCGACGCCUGGUCGUCGGCCGGCCAGCUGGGCCGCGAGCUGCGCGAGUUCGAGUCGCGUCUGUCUGCCGCCGAGGAGCGGCUGGCCGGCGCCGCGCCCUCGGCCGAGCUGGUGCCCCGGGACCGCGUCCGGACGGACCUGGAGACGGUCAGCCGCGCCGCUGAGGAGCUGGAGCAGCAGGCGGCGGCGGCGCGCGGCGUCAGCCGACUGCUGCGUGCCGGUCUGCGCCGCCGGCACCUGGCGGCGGACGGUGCGCUGGCCGAGGGCGCCGCCGCCGCCACCGGCCGCUGGCUGCAGCUGCGCGAGCAGGCGGCCGCCGCCGCCGAGCGGCUGAGGAAACACGCCGCCGUCCAGGAGCACACCGACAGCGACUGGGCAGAGCUGGAGAGCGGCGCCGAGCAGCUGCACGAGCGGGCGCGCCUGCUGCUGCUGGAGGCCAACGCAGGAGGACUGCUCAACGGACCGGCCAAACUCGCGGAGUUGACGGCGGACCGUGACACCCUAGCUGCGCGCCUCGACUCGGUCACCCGAGACACGGUCAGCCUGCUACAGACCACUGCGCCGGAGGAGGCGUCUUCGUACGACCUACGGCCGCCAUCCGCCUACCACCGGCUGACUGAGGCCUUCGGCGAGCUGCACAGCGCGCUUGGAGCAGAGGGAGAAGAGGAGACGGACGCGGCGGCCGACCCGCUCUCCCGGGCCACUGACGAGGCCGACUCGUGUCUGUCGCGGCUGGAGGAGCUGCUGGCGGCCGAGUCGCCGGCCGUGCCGGAGCUCGCUCAGACCCUGGGCGCCUGCUCCAGCGCCGCCGAUCUGGUGGGCUCUCUGAGCCACCAGCGGCCGGAGGGAGCUGAGCCGCGCGCCGCCGCCGUCCGCGAGAGGUACGAGAGGCUGCGGACGGCUGCCCACGGUCGGCUGCACGCGGCUGAGGAGGCGCCGCUACAGUGGGAGCUGGACCGCUGGAGAUUGCAGCAGUGGCUUCAGCACACGGCCAACAAACUGGACAACAUGCCCAGCGCAGAGAGUCUGCGGAAGGACGACGUGCAGCUCAGGAGGUUCAACCGUCUGUGUGUGGAGCUGGAGGCUCACACGGAGCUGUUGGCCGCCGUGGUGUCCGCCGGCCACCAGCUGCCCGAGGGCGCGGCCACGGGCGGCCGGCCGGUCCGACAGCGACUAACCGAGCUACAGACAGAGUGGGACGCCGUCUGUGGCCGCCUGGUGGCGCUCCAGUCGGAGCUGCUCUCGAUCGCGCCGCCAGACGACGGAGACGCCGCCGCCGAGUCUGGUGACGAGGAGGCACGCCGCGGCCUGCUGGCGCGCACAGCCACUCUGAUGUGGCGUGUGGCGCGGGUGGCGCUGCCCGUGCAGGCGCUGCUGCUGCUCGGCCUGGCCGUGAUGGCGCUCUACGGCGACCGGGACGCCGACUGCGCCAGCGGAGCCAACAACUUCGCCGCCAGCAUGCAGACCAUGCUCAACUACCCGGACGGCGGGCCGCCCAUGUAGGCGCCGCAGAGACAGCGUCGUUACGGCUGGAAACGCGAUAUACAGGAUCUUUGAGAUUGACUGUGAAGUCGACUGUGAUGAAGGCUGAUUGAUUAUGGCUGACGAUUAAUUCUCGGUUCCGCUGCGGCGGGGUCAGUGAUGUACGCUUGUGAUGGUAACGAUAUGAGUAUGUAUCAGGUAACCCGGUGAAUUUGUGUCUUCUCGCUUCGCUUCGGGAACUGGGUGGCGGCCGCGGCCGCUGCACCCGCUGCAAUGGUUUCUGUGCGGCUCUCCUUUCGUUCGGUGCCUUAACCGGUGGGCCGGCGCCUGUUCUGUUCAUGGAGGGGGCGGCGAGCGGUGCGCUGCGUCAGGAUGAGAGCGAGAGAGAGGGAGGUCGGCAGCCGGAGCCAGCCUGGCGCUGCCGGCCCCGUGAUACCCUUCCAGUGUUCCGUCGAAUAUUUUCGCAAAUAUAUGUUUGUAGUACAUAA